GUUGAAGAUGAAAGUAGCUACAUCGAUCUAGAAGCCGAGCACCUCGUCGACGCCUUUUUUUCACAAGUGGUGCGACGCCGGCGUCCGCGUCGCGGCUGAAGCAAAAAUAUGUCGGAAAGGGGUGCCUCCGAGUCUCGGCAGUAUCAGCAACUGAGCGAAGACCUGCGACUCGGCAAGGCCUUGCUGGAGGCCAUAUCAUCUCCCGAAAAGCUCGACGCAAGGUGGCUUUUCGAGACCCUGGAAGGUGCUUUUGAAAAGAAGCUGCCGCCGAUUCCGAGAGACGUACUGGAUUUGGAUCCGGAUGGCGGCGGGUGGACGCUCGGCUGCGUUAACCCGCGGGCCAGACCAGACAAAGCAGCAGUCUCCGUCGCAACCAGACAGCGCCCGUUUCUGACUCGGCUGAUUACGGAAUGGGCGCGCGCAUUUCGUCCUCGGAACCCACUGACCGGAAAGCAUUACGAGUUCUCGUCGAUCCAAUUGCAGCGAGAUGCGACCGCUAAAAUUCAUAAAGACGGAAGAAACCAGAACGGUUGGAUACAUUGCAUUGCGCUGACGAUCGACGAGGUGUGGGAAACCAGCGCGAGCAGUCCGCAUGGCAACAUAUUCCUACAAAAUGUCGACAAAAGCGCCACCGAGCCGCAAUUUAAUCCCGACGGAAAGCGGCGCGCUGAGCCUGUGCGGUAUUUCGGGCCUGAGACCGGAGGAGCGGAAGCAGUGACGGCAUCGCCAAGGAAGGUCAAUAAUACUGAGCUUCGCUGUAGCAAAGGCCACUGGUUCGAGGGUGUCGCGCUGCAUGUAAAGAACGUCUUUCAGCGGUUUGACGGAAGGAACCCGCAUUGCACUAUCCGCGACGCGAGAGACGUUUGGCGGCUAGACAGCAGCGCACUAAAAGCCGCAGCGGGCCCAAGGCAACAGGCAACGACCGCGCCACUCUCUGCCCAAGCAAGAAACGGAGCGGCCCCGAGCAGGAGUAGGUGGUUUCUCGGCUUCUACGUAUGUAAGCAUGAGGCGGACUUGACGAAGCAAGACCGGGAGUACUUGACUACGCAAGGCUUCAUCCUCCCACACCGCAGUGGGUGCACGAAAGCGGUGCAGUGCGGCCCGAGCACGGCUAGCCGCGGCGUGCAGAUCGAUCCGCCCUUGACCAAUUCCAGCACCCAGCGUGCUCCGGCAGCAGUCAGCAAAGCCUCCCAGUCGUGCGCCGUGCCAGAGGAGAAGCCGAAAACCUCGGUCGCGACCCAGUGCGAUUCCGGAGAUGUCGGCGAUUACCGCGCAGCCGGAAAAAGCGGCGACACACGCACAUUCAUACUCUUGCAGAAGAUAAACGACGAAUUUUGCGAGAUAGAUGACACUGAUAUGCAGGAAGGCGCAGAUGUGGCCGCGUCAGCUGCCGUCCGACGGGAAACCAGAAAAACGGCAGACGAAGCUGGCGCAAGUGGAGAAAUACCCUCGAACAAGCCCGCAUGUAUUCUUCCGACGACGAACAAAAGGCAGCUAAAUGCCACCUCCUCGACUCGUGAAGAGGUGGUCGGUGCGAAGCAGGGCGAGGGGCUAACUACGAAAAGUGUGACGAUGAGAAAGAAGGCUCGCCUUGCUGAGAGUGCGGAGGAAAAAAAACCUGCGGCCUCACACGUUUCCGCACCCCCAUCGACACAAGGAGAAAAAGACGAGAAGCUACCGCUCCGGCCGUUGCCAACCAUGGCUACCCUGCGGCAAGCCUGUACAAUCAUGACGAAUCAACUAGAGCAUGCGAUGAAGAACCGCACCGACAAGGAGAAGGAAAAACUGAAACGCCAAGGCGGACUAUUUGAUUUGUGCAAAGUGUUUGUAGACACCCAUGCUACGAUCAGCAGCUAUCCGACCGAAGACCAGCAGCAAGAAAGAGAUUGGUUCGCCCUCUGUCUCGAGAUUGGAGCACUGAACGAGUUUCCGCCUGCAAUCCGGUACAGCGAUCUCAUCGAGGAACUGGAGAGGAGGGAAAGGGAUAUCGUCGACGCGCUCUUUUGCAGAAAGAAUACUAGUGCCGCCGCACGUCAAAUUGUCGGCGGGCACGUGGGUUAAGUUCGGUUUUCGUUGGAACGAGCUGCCUGUUCCUUCCCAAAACAUUAGAAGCGACUGGAUUUUCUAUCACCCUUGGAUGCAUCUGGAUCAGCAGACCAUCGCGGCUUUACGGGACGAGGGCUCGCAGCUCCGCAAAAGCAAGACGAUCGUCGAGGAACUCCAGAAGCUUUUCCUUUCGCAGAAUACGAAUCCCAAUUCCAAGCCGAUGUGAGAGAGAGGUCGCACGAAACACAUGACUCCAUUGUCGAUCAGCAAUUUUUACAGAUGAAUAGCACAACAAUUAUUUACCGAGAUGCUACUAACUUGGAGUUGAUGUACACCAGCGUACACCAGAUUGCAAUUCCUUUCGCGGCUAGAGGGAGUGAAGUUCAUUCUCCACCGCCAACCGCACAUGCAGAGCGGUUCAACAAGCGCAGUUGAUUUGCU